AUGGAUGCGAAUGAAUUUCCUACAUCACUUGUGGUUUUCCAGACCGAGCGUAUGACCUGGAAUAGAGAGAAUGGUUCUUACAUGCUAACAACAUCCACCAAAAACAAGACUUUCAAUUAUUUUGUGGACCCGAAGAAAGGCGAAAUUAGGCCUGUUGAUUUGACUUCACCUCCAGAGCACUACUGGAAGUUAUCGAAUCCGUCCGGAAGCACCGGCAUGUUACCCCUGAUGGUUGUUACGAUCGACGUGGGCUUGGCGCUAAAUGUGUCCAAAAGUCUUUUGGCUGUCCAUAAUGUGCCCAAAGGGGAUUGGCUGUACUCCCGUUACCAAUUGGUACUCUACUCGUAUGUUCGGGGCGUGGUAGCCUAUGUGAAGGACAUUAAGAGCGACAUACCUAUCUACAUAUCUCCGGAGAACGCUUUGGUGACACAUGUGGAAACGUACAAAAAUAUCAAGGAGAACAAAUUCUUUGUGGUAAUUCACAUAAAGAUUCGGGUUGCAGAUGGCUUUAUUACUCUCAAUAAGCUCUUUGAACGCUCGGAAGAAGAAGGCAAAAUAAGUUAUGUUCCUCAUUACAAACAUCGGAAGGUAUUAUACGAAAUGAUGUUAAAAGAUGUUUUCGACACUCCCACUGCAGCCACCGAAGAGACAAACAUCACGCUGGAACCGGAGAUCGAGAAAAGUGAAGAGCCGUGCCCAUUGCCACCAGCACCACCGUGUGUUAUAAGCUGA